GCACCACAGUUUUCGUGUACGCAAAGUCUCCAAAAUCCACAUAUUUCCACCUAAAUGUUUUAAUUUGACCGUGUGUAUCUGUUCGUAUUCAGCUGGAUCAAAUUCACCCUGAGCAUAUGUGCUUGCAUGUGUGUUUUUAUUUCCCCUCAGUGAGAGAGCGUGCACACACACACGUCAGCUCGGGGAGGGCAAAGCCUGCUUAAAAUGCAGUGAAUGUGACAGCCGAGCCAUAGUCCAGACUACAGCAGCGCGUGGACGGGAAGGUGAGCGUGGAGGGGGGGCAGUGAAAAUGCCAGCGGAACCAGCUCACCCGCAGACGUGACGCAAAAAAAAGAAAAAGACACACGGAGACACUCAGCUGGUUCCCAAAUACGCGCGGAGGUGUUGGGGGGGAAAGAGAGAGGACUGAGGUGCGGAACGCGUCGCCCUUGUCUGGGGGGGAAAGAUGACAGUGGUGCCCGGAGAGAACCUGGAUGAGACUGUGGCACUGGCCGCCCUGUCAGCCCAGGAUGUGUAUGACCCGGAGAGAGCCGAGAACCAGGAGUGCUGCGAGCGGGUGGUCAUCAACAUCUCCGGGCUGAGGUUCGAGACGCAGCUGAAGACGCUCGCCCAGUUCCCCUCCACUCUGCUGGGGGACCCGCGCAAGAGGAUGCGCUUCUUCGACCCGCUGAGGAAUGAGUAUUUCUUCGACAGGAACCGACCCAGUUUCGAUGCCAUCCUCUACUACUACCAGUCCGGUGGCAGGCUCCGGAGACCCGUCAACGUACCUGUGGACAUUUUUAUGGAGGAGAUUAAAUUUUAUGAACUGGGGGAGGAGGUGAUUGAGAAUUUUAAGGAGGAUGAGGGCUUUAUUAAGGAGGAAGAGCGGCCGCUGCCUGACAAUGAGUUCCAGCGGCAGGUUUGGCUCCUGUUUGAGUACCCGGAGAGCUCCGGACCCGCCAGAGGGAUAGCAAUAGUUUCCGUGCUGGUUAUUUUGAUCUCUAUUGUGAUUUUCUGUUUGGAGACUUUACCUGAGUUCAGAGAAGAAGCCCGAACGUUUGACGAACAGCUGGUGGUGAACGGAACCGCGCGCGCAAAGAAGCCCAACCCGUUCACAGACCCGUUUUUCAUCGUGGAGACGCUCUGCAUCAUCUGGUUCUCCUUUGAGCUGCUGGUCAGGUUUCUGGCCUGCCCCAGCAAGCCCGCUUUUUUUAAGAACAUCAUGAACACCAUAGAUAUUGUAGCCAUCAUGCCCUACUUCAUCACCCUGGGCUUGGAGCUGGCGGAGCACCAGGGGAACGGACAGCAGGCCAUGUCCCUGGCCAUCCUGAGGGUCAUCCGCCUUGUCCGGGUGUUCCGCAUCUUUAAGCUCUCCAGACACUCCAAAGGGCUACAGAUUCUCGGGAAGACCCUGCAAGCCAGCAUGAGGGAGCUUGGACUGCUUAUAUUUUUCCUCUUCAUCGGGGUCAUCCUCUUUUCCAGCGCGGUGUACUUUGCAGAGACCGAUGACCCGGAGUCGGGCUUCAGCAGCAUCCCAGACGCCUUCUGGUGGGCAGUGGUGUCCAUGACCACCGUGGGCUACGGGGACAUGUGUCCGGUCACCAUUGGGGGCAAAAUCGUGGGCUCUUUGUGCGCCAUUGCUGGAGUGCUGACCAUCGCGCUGCCCGUGCCCGUCAUCGUCUCUAACUUCAACUACUUCUACCACCGAGAAACGGAGCACGAGGAGCAGUUCCAGUACACGCACGUGACCUGUGGUCAGCAGCAGCCGACGUUCGGAGAGUUCCGAAAGAGCGACAGCAAGCCGUCCUUGUCCAAGUCCGAUUACCUGGACAGUGACGACGCAGACUCCAUCAAAUACACCAACUGCAGCCCGCACAAAGCCUACACCGGCAAACUCACAGAUGUGUGACUGGACCUGGAAGUCCGCCCGGCGGCACUGGCGGAGGGAAGGGUCUGUUUGUGUGGCAUCCCCACAUCCUGCGCUCUGCUUUGAGUUCAGACUGGCGAGCUCUAUAUUUCUGUCAUCAAAGGGAAUCACUAAAACACAACAAUGGAUGGAUUAUAACAGAAAUCAUGUUCCCCCCCUUCAAAGUCUUCCAUUACGCAUGAGUCCGACACAAGCUUAGACAACGAUCAGUAUCUUUGUAGCACUUUAUCAUCGAGGUUUUUCUUAGUAAAGGCGUAAUCUUUUGCCCUUAUGCAGGUUCAGAGUUUACAUUUGCUUUUCAGAGACGCAACAUAGGACCAAUUAAAUCUAAAUUUACAAAGUGAUGAUGCAGGAGGCACGUGGUGGCUGUUAUUAUUAUCGUGCGGCGCCCGCGCGCACAUCCACCUGUUAUUUCCCCCUCGUGUAUUUUCCAUUCAGGUUGGCUGGAGCCCAGUUUAGGAUCAGUCGCUGAAGCUGAUGUGUCUUUUCAAAUGACAGCAGCAGGAGAAUUAAAUACCAGCCAAAUGAAAAGCCCUUUGGUGUUAGUUAAAUCUCCAGGCUGAUCUUAACUCAGUGGUGUAUGAAGCAUCCUUAAAGGCUGACAUACGGACGAAUGCCCCUCUUGUCAUCCAAAGUUAAAUUUUCCACUCUGCAUCAGGUUAAAUCCCCCACAUCAGCCUGUUCAGCAAAGCAUUAUGAAAGCAGGUGCAACACUUUCAAACCAAGAGCGCCACCCUGUGGAUGAAAGGGGCCUCUGCACCUUAACGGUGGAUGCAGUUUCUAUAGCAACCUUCCAGACUUUUCUGUAUUGUCUGCCUCAGGAAUGAAAGGAUGCAGGCUGAAACUGUAGAGACCAGAAAACCACCAUGUUGUGGAAGCCUCCAUGUUGUUUGAGUUCACCUUCUGAAGCUAUUGAAUCAGUUCUGUUAGUUUGGAACAGUAAAUAUUGGUCAGUUAUUGUAUGAACAUAUUCGUGUAUCUGACCUGUUAAUCUAAGCACCUUAGUAACAUUGACUAUGUUGAUUCAAACUGGGCUGCAGCCAGAGAUUAUUUCAGUUAUUUUUAGGCACAAAAAUGUGGAAAAAUAAUGACAACCAUGACUGGCUUUCACAGGUUGAUGUGAUAUUUUAAAAUUAUUUGACAGCUAGAAAAACCCAAAAGAAUCCAGUUGAUGUUAAAUAAGAUACAAAAAAACAAAAACAUAAAAUAUUUGCAUCAAAGUUAGACUGAUGCUGGAUUUUUGAGGAUAAAAUAAAAAGAUGCUGGUUAUAUACCAACACAUCUUUUGUGACACAGAGCUGUGACGCAGUGUAAAGACUCAUAUAUUUCAAAUAUAAGUUUCUCUCAGAAACUCCAGAUUUCAAUUUUCAACUAUUUUUAAUCAAAUUAACAAAAGAAAAAAGACACACACACUCACAUACAGACAAAAGCUUGAAGCAAGAAGUCCAUAGUUAUUGUCAAAACAUCCAAUUUUUUGAAAGUCAAGAGAGGCCAGAAAGAUACUAUUAAAACUAAAUUUUGUCAGUUAAAUAUCAUCAAUUUCCAAAGUGAAAGUAUUCUACUUUGCAUUUUAAUCAUAAAAGUCAGAUGACAUUUCAGUCAUUGAACUAAUCUUCAACUGAAUUUAACAGUUGAUUUUUUUUUUUCCCCAGUUCCACUUAACUGUGAGGUGAAAGAAUAUAGAUGCUAUAAUUGGAGUAGAAAUAUUCAGAAAUAUUUACAUUUCAACUAAAUUUUGAGCAAUUUCAGUUCCUGUUAGUGAGUAUUAUGUAAUAAUUUUUGAAAGCAUCAUGAGAGGUGGUUAAUCAGAGUAAAUUAAUGAACACUGAACUUUUUUGUUCAUUUGGAUGCAAUUUUGUCAGUGUCCUGAUAAAAAAAAAAAAAAAAAAAGUUAAAAUGAGCAAUUUCUGAAACAAAUAGUAAUUCUAUGCUUAACAGAGUAAAGUAUAUAACUGUAAAAAAAGAAAAUAAUAAAAUAUAUAUAUUAAUAAUUUUUCUUAAAGUUAACACAAGCUUUGUGUUUGUUAGCUGCCAUACAAAACACAGACUUAUUGUUGAGAGGUUGAUAUGAACACAUACUUCAAACAUUUAAAUAAUUUGCCUCUAUAUAAAAAAAGUUAGACCUCUUAAUACCCAAUCUUUCUUUUUUGCAGAGCAGAGCUGCUCCAGAUUGAGCUGAGUAAUUCUAGAUAUUUCAUGUCAUAGUUGAACAGGUUACCUGCUGUAUUUGAGGUUUCCAUUAAUUUAAAGGAGAUUAUUGCACCUUACUUAUUUGGACUCCAGAGAUAAAUCAUGGCACUGCUGAAAAGUAAAAAGGGGGAUCUCCAGACUGAUGGGAUAAAAAUGGUCCCAGCAGACUUUUACAUAGUGAGGUGAAGCCCAACUGUUGGUUGGAUUAUUGGCUGAAGGGUCAAUGGAUUUUAACUGCAGAGUCAUCAAUACAUGGACAGAUGGACGACGCGUCAAGUUGGACGACCAUCACACUCAAAGCAACGAACAACUGGUCUCACAGAGGGGAAGAAUGAUGAGCAUCUCCUUCAUCUCUCCUUACCUUGUCAAACCAAAAGACAACAACUCUGCCACCACCACUCAUCCUUUUCUUAUUUCCUUAUAAGAAAAGAAGAAGUGGUUUCCUUAUUAGAAAAAAUAAAAAAUAAUAAAAAAUAAAACUCUGGAUGAAAACACUGACUCUCUUAGGAAACUCGGAGCUAUGAGAAGCCUUUCCAUUACAGGAGGACAUCUGGACUGAUUUUUUUUGCACAGAGCAAAGCUGCAGUAGGACUCUGAGGUACGAGAAAUGUUACUUGAAUCAUCUACUACAUAUAUUUACAACAUGUCUGCUGGCUAACGGAGCCUCCAUAAUUCAUGAAUAGAAGGGUUUUGGGAGAUUGCUCCUUUUGCUGUAGAGAAUAAUAACUUGUAUGUCCUGUCUGAACAUUGCAUAUCAUAAUCAAACCAAAACAUAUUAUUGCAUGCUUGAUAGUAGAGCAUGUGAAAAAGUUUGACUUCCAUGUCACUGGCUCAACCCUGCACUGAUAAUCUAAAAUGGGAACAACAACAACAGCUCAUUGAUAUUAAGUUUAAUGGAAUAAUUCUGCUUGAUUGGUGGAGUUAGUUGCUAAAUCUAUAUUUUUAAAGUAUUGUACUAUGUUUUAAAUAGAGAAAAUUUGGUUCAACUUGUGAAUUACUUUGUAGUUUUGUUUUAUUUUUUUUGUUUUUUACAAUUUUGCAAAUGUGUCUUUAUUUUUUAUUUUUUUAUGCCUUGGUAGUCAAAGCAGCUCCAGUAGGCGGCUCUGCCUGUUAAAACAGAAAAACAAACAAAAAAAAAAACUAAGCAUAAACCUUUGGCCCUAUGAGACGAAUGUUGGUGCAGGUAGUAAAAAACAAAAUCUGUCAAGAUGCAUUUAACGCGGACAUUAUACACCUAAUUUUCUUUGGAUGAUUUUUGAAUGUUCCUGAUUGUGUUGGGUGUUGAUCAGAAUGCUGUAUCAGUUUUAUAUUGAUAACAUCUACCUCAGUGUCCGCUCAUUUACAACAGAAGCUUUAACACCUGAAUGACGUUUCAGUUUCUGAAAGGUUUAGUUUUUAGAUGCCUCUGUAAUUUUCUGGUGCAAUGAAAUACACUCAUGUACUCUUUAAACUGCCAUGUACGAACUAAGAAAAGUCCAAAAAGAUGCUAAAGAUACCAGAGGAGCAGAGUCCUUCCUAUAAUAUUGCCAUUGCCAACAUGUAAUUAGAUAGAAAAUGUCAUACAGACUGAUUAAUGCUACAGCAAAACAGCAUAGAGCCUGACAUGAUGAUUUUCUUUGCACAUUUUGUUAAUUUAUUUGUUAAAUUGUUGAAAGUGUGUGAGUGAGUGUGACUGAUUCCUAGCAUUUUAUUGAUUUAAAGGGCAAUAAUGUAUUGCAGAUGUUUCCUGCAAAUAAAUAGAUGGGUCAGCUUGUCUUAAAGAACCGCUAAACCCCAAACAAUCUCACUAAACAAUGAUUUCAGACUUGGUGAUGGUCUAAAUGUGAGUGUGGAAAACAGUCCAGUUCUUGGGUUCAUUUCACCAAACUGGAGAAAUUUGAAAUUAAUUUUGGAAUAUAUUUAAUGUCUUUUUCAGAACUAGAUGAGAAAAUGGAAAUCAGUUUGAACUGCACAUCAAAUACAGAGAAAAUUGCAAGACUGGAUUAACUUCCAAGUUAGUAAAUUACAACAUGUAGGAGCAUAAAUAACUUUGCAUUUGUGGAAAUGUCUAUUUAUUAGUGCAUAGCGAUACUGGAUUUCCUCUGAUUCCAAUCUUUCUGGUGUUCUAGGCUGAGCUAUUUUCUCAUCUAGUUUUGUGAAAAAUGGUAAAUUAUCUUCCAAAAGAUUUGGCUGUUUAUCAUGAAUAGAAAAUGAAAACUCUGGUUUGAAAAAACUAUCAUCAAAGUUUCAAUGUCAAAGCUGCCAUUUGGUAUAGUUGUAAUUCUGCUUUGCUUGAACAUAAAAAUAGCCAAGGCAUUUGUCACUGAAUGCUUUCAUAUGGACAUUGAGUAUCCAUUAUGAUUAUAGGGUGUGUACAUAUAUAUAUAUAUAUAUAUAUAUAUAUAUAUAUAUAUAUAUAUAUAUAUCCCAUUUUUGGUUUGUAUAUCAUAUCUGAUUUCAGAAACUCAGAAAAGCUCUUUUAAUGUGAUUAGAGCAGCAGAUUUACCCCUAAAUAAGCAAGAAUUCCACUGCAUGUAGUCAACACAUCUUGUCCAUUGACAGCCAAGAGAUGUUAAAGUGAAUGCAAGCGAUGGUGGCAGUGAAAGCCUUUCAUUUUUGGAACACUGAAGAGACAGUAUUUUGUCUUUUGAUAAUGAAAGAAUUCAGUAUACUUAGUUAUUUUGGCUACAUCUAAAUCAUUUUUGUGUUAAUUUUUUCACUUUAAAAUGGAAAAUCAUUUCCAUCCACAGUACAAAAGUGAACAUUCUGACAUGCCUGGAAUGCAUAUGACAUGAUGAGGCAUUUAUAAUCCUGCUGGACAUGGGAAUGGACACACAUUUCUCAGGUAACAGGGAGUCAGCUGUAAACCAGAGGUAACAUGUAGAUUUUAAUAUCAGCUAACACAGACAAUGAGAACACAAUCACUUGUAAUUCAGUAUUCAUUUUGUUGAAUUAAUAGGGCAAGGGUCCCAUCAGGAUUUCUUCCACAAAAGGGGUCCAGUAAAUCAUAGCAUCUGAUAAGUCCUAAUCAAUCAGCAAAUGUGGAUGUCAACGUCACUGUUUCCAAAAGUCUCAGUUUUCAAGAGGUAUAAAUGCUGUGGUGUGGAGAGAAAUUAUCCUGUGUUCAUGUAGCCAGUGGACAAAUUACAGGAUGCUAUCAUCCAGUCAGAAAGGCAAGUGUACUGAUACAGCACAUGGCAACCCGAGCCAGUCUGUAGAGAGUACACAGGCAAUAGCACAGGAAACAAAUAUAUUAGAUAAAUAAAAGCAAAAUACAAAAAAAAAAAAAAGGAAAAUUAUGGUAUGGUAUACAGAAGAAAAAGUACCUCCACAGAAAGCAUGUGGUCAUAAUAAUAGCCUGGGAUACUAGUGUUUAUCGUCUUUAUGGGGAUUUUCUUCCUGUAGGUAAAUAUCACAUCUGUGAUCCACUCAGUAAGUGUCCAUGUAAACACAUUCUUUGACAAAAGCACUAAUGAGCUAAGACUGGGCAUUUGUUAUGAUGAUUAAAAUAUUUUGCUUAUUGUAUGUGCAAUAAUAUUACAAUAUUUUGUUCAUAGAACAGUGUCAAAAGAUUUCCACAUUUUUAACCUUCACUUGAACUUAACUUCAUGUAACAUCCUCUUAACACCUCAAAGAUAUUUUCAUGCAUUGUUAUCAGAGUUCAGGCUGUCACCAAACUCAAACCGUCCCAUAUUUUUUUAUUAUUAUUAUUUUUUAUUUUAUAAGAAAAAGCAAUAGUAUGAAUGGUUACUGUGCUCUGGGAACUUCAGUUUUGAAGUAAAAUGCUUUUUUUUUGCCUUCUUUGAUUUUGUCUGUUUUUAAUUUUAAGUAUUGUUGCCAUGUUUAUUUCGACAAUCUUCAAUUGUGAUCUAUUUUUGAUAAAAUAAAUCUUUAAUCCUG